AUGGAGGUAGCAUACCAGAGCUAUGUUAUGAAUGCUGCAAGGCUGCCAUUUGGGUCUCUGCUGAUGUGCGAUGUCGAGCUUGCGAGCACAGAUUUUGAGAAGGUGAUGCUGGAGGAGUUUUGGGAGAAGGCUAUCACGGGUUGGCUUACCCCGCGCAAUCGUGGCAAUCGUGGCUCCCUGAUGAAGGCUGGCGCCGAGACGUCUUCUCUCCAGAUUUUCUUUUCUUGGGUCACCUGGCUUCGCAUGCUAGGCAUCCAGAACAGGUCAGAACAGGUCGCAACCGGUCUGGUCGUGACCCCGGCCCAUGCUGUUGAUGGCGAGCGAUCACGCGUUGGCGGCAUGGGCGGAGAGGAACGAAUGCAGCAAAAGCAGGGCUACUGCAUGAGCUCCGCAGCAUCGGAACGCAUCCGCGAGGCCGUCAGAUCCUCGGAGCGAGGUGCCGGCGGGGCGGAGAGGGAGGAGGCGAGACCAUGGGCGAGAGCCUAG